CGCCCCCCCGCGCCCCGCUCCGCCCCGCGCCGCGCCCGCCGCGCCGCUCCAGCAUGCACGGAGGAUGCUCGCGUCUUGCUCAGGCAGGAAGGGGCCGGAGGGCAGGUACCCGCUGCACUACCUCGUCUGGCACAACCGCGCCCGCGACCUGGACCGGGAGCUCAGCGCCAAGCAGACUGACAUUGAGCAGCUGGACCCCCGAGGACGCACCCCACUGCACCUGGCCACCACGCUGGGCCACCUCGAGUGUGCCAGGGUGCUGCUGAAGCAUGGUGCUGACGUGGGCAAGGAGAACCGCAGCGGCUGGACGGUCCUACAGGAGGCUGUGAGCACACGGGACCUGGAGCUGGUGCAGUUGGUCCUGCGCUACCGUGACUACCAGAGAGCCAUCAAACGCCUGGCUGGGAUCCCCAUCCUGCUGGAGAAGCUGCGCAAGGCCCAGGACUUCUAUGUGGAGAUGAAGUGGGAAUUCACCAGCUGGGUGCCGCUGGUGUCCAAGAUCUGCCCCAGCGACACCUACAAGGUGUGGAAGAGCGGCCAGAACCUGCGGGUGGACACGACGCUGCUGGGCUUUGACCAUAUGACCUGGCAGCGGGGCAACCGCAGCUUCGUCUUUAGGGGGCAAGACACCAGCGCGGUGGUGAUGGAGAUCGACCACGACCGGCGGGUGGUGUACUCGGAGACGCUGGCCCUGGCCGGGCACGACCAGGAGGUGCUGCUGGCUGCUGUGCAGCCCACCGAGGAGCAGGUGAUGGGGCGGCUCACGGCCCCCGUCGUCACCACGCAGCUCGACACCAAGAACAUCGCCUUCGAGAGGAACAAGUCUGGCAUUCUGGGCUGGAGGAGUGAGAAGACUGAAAUGGUGAAUGGGUACGAGGCCAAGGUCUACGGCGCAUCCAAUGUGGAGCUGAUCACGCGGACACGGACCGAGCACCUCUCGGACCAGCACAAGGGCAAGAGCAAAGGCAGCAAGACCCCUCUGCAGUCCUUCCUGGGCAUCGCCGAGCAGCACGUGGGGCCCAACAACGGGACGCUGAUCACGCAGACACUGAGCCACGCCAACCCCACCGCCAUCACCCCGGAGGAGUACUUCAACCCCAACUUCGAGCUGGGCAACCGGGACAUGGGGCGGCCCAUGGAGCUCACCACCAAGACACAGAAGUUCAAGGCGAAGCUGUGGCUGUGUGAGGACCACCCGCUGUCCCUCUGCGAGCAGGUUGCCCCCAUCAUUGACCUCAUGGCAAUAAGCAACGCGCUCUUCGCCAAGCUCCGGGACUUCAUCACCCUGCGCCUCCCGCCCGGCUUCCCCGUCAAGAUCGAAAUCCCUAUCUUCCACAUCCUCAACGCCCGCAUCACCUUUGGGAACCUCAAUGGGUGCGACGAGCCCGUCAGCUCCCUGCGGCACAGCCCCAGCAGCGAGGCCCCUUCACCCAGCAGCGACUCUUCCAGUGUCAGCAGCUCCAGCUCCCUGACCUCAUGCCGCGUGUGUGAGAUGGACCCGGCCCUGUUCGAGGUGCCGCGGGGGUACAGCGUGGUGGGGACGCACCAGGACGCCCUGCGGGAGGAUGAGGAUGAUCUGCUGCAGUUCGCCAUCCAGCAGAGCCUGCUGGAGGCGGGCAGUGAGUAUGACCAGGUGACCAUUUGGGAGGCGCUAACCAACAGCAAGCCAGGCACCCACCCCAUGUCCCACGAGGGCCGCCGGGGAGACAGGUUGGACUCCCCAGCACACAGCAGCGCCCCGGCCCCCCGCUGCCCCAGCGCCGGGGGGGGGCCGGGGACCCAGCCCCCUGUUCCCCAGCUACGCGGAGCAGUUGCGCUUGGCCAUGGCGCUGUCGGCGCGGGAGCAGGAGGAGGCCGAGCGCCGGACGCGCCAGGAGGAGGAGGAUCUGCAGCGGAUCCUGCAGCUCUCGCUGACGGAGAAGUGACCCCGCAUCCCCACUGACCCCCCCCCCCCCCCACCUCCAUCCCUAUGGGGAUGGGGAUGCGGGCGGUGCCGUGCGUGGGGGCACAGAGGGGGAGCGGGGUGGGGGCAGGCAGCCCGAGCACUGCAAGCGGGGAGAGGGGGGGGGUGCAGGAUUUGGCCUUGGUGUGGGGGAGAUCAUCCCUAUAGGUGGGGUGAAGGGGGGGCACCCCACAGCAGGAUGGGGUGGGGAUG